AUGUGUGAUGUGGAGAAGAUGUUCCACCAGUUUGUUGUACAUGAAGCAGACCGAGACUUCUUACGAUUCCUAUGGUGGGAGGAUGGAAACUUGGAUGCAGAACCCAAGGAAUAUCGUAUGAGAGUACACCUGUUUGGAGCGGCUUCCUCCCCAGGAUGUGCUAAUUAUGGACUCAAGUUCUUAGCCAAAAGCCAAGAAGAGCAACUUCAAGCUGCAUCAUUCUUUGUGCAGAAUAAUUUCUAUGUGGAUGACGGACUCACCAGUGUUGAGACGGAAGAAGAAGCUAUCAAGUUGAUACAAGAUGCACAGAUUCUGUGUGCCAAUGGUGGAUUGCGUCUACACAAAUUUAUUUCCAACAACAAGAACGUAAUAAAUUCUGUUGCUGAAUCAGAGAGAGCGGCAGAUGUUAAAGACUUAGACCUUUCACAUGAACAAUUACCUAUGGAACAAGCACUUGGUAUAAAGUGGAACAUUGAAGAGGAUGCAUUUUGCUUCAAAGCUGUCGACCAGAAUGCAUCUCCUACUAGGCGCAGUAUGCUAUCCAUUGUAGCAUCAAUAUUCGACCCAUUGGGAUUUCUCUCCCCUUUCACUCUGACUGGGAAACGGAUACUGCAGGAGAUGUGUCAAGGUAACAUAGGAUGGAAUGACCCUCUACCCGCAGACAGACUACUUGAAUGGGAAGCUUGGAUCAAAGAUCUACAGAACCUUGAUCUCAUCAAAGUCCCAAGAUGCCUCAUACCAAGUGAUUUUGGCAAACCGAUAACCUUUGAGCUGCAUCAUUUCUCGGACGCAAGCACAAAUGGCUAUGGACAGUGUUCUUACCUUAGAGUUGUAAAGGGAACGAAGGUACAUUGUGCUUUAGUUAUCGCAAAGGCAAGAGUAGCACCUCUAAAGGUUGUAACGAUACCUCGCUUGGAAUUGACAGCUGCAGUAUUGUCAGUGAAGGUCAGUUUAUUUCUGAAGAGGGAGCUGAAUCUACCUAUCAACAGAGAGUACUUUUGGACAGACUCUAAAGUGGUGCUUGGCUACAUCAACAACGAGGCUCGCAGGUUCCACGUAUUUGUUGCAAACCGUGUACAGAUGAUAAGAGAUGCAACAAAACCUCAUCAGUGGCUAUACAUUGAAUCUGCCAGCAACCCAGCCGAUCACGCCUCGCGUGGACUGCGUGCAUCUGAAGUUAAUGAUUCUUCAUGGUUGACCGGCCCUCCAUUACUAUGGCAGUCCAUCAUUGAAAGCAAAGGUGUUGAAACAGAGUUGCAACUUGGAGACCCUGAAGUAAGAUCUGCAAGAACUCUAUGCACCAAAACAAAGGCUCAUUCUAGUAUCCUUGACAUUCUAUCUCGAUUCUCAUCUUGGACCAAAAUGAUAUCCUUCAUUGCCAGAAUGCAGAGACUCUCCAAUGGUGUCAAGGGAACCUAUCCACCAAAUCCGAAUGAAAGACUUCAAGCAGAACAAACUAUCAUCAAGCACGUUCAACAUGAAACCUUUCAAGAUGCUAUCAGCGCUCUCGAGAAAUCUGAAGGGCUACCAAAGUCUAACUCCCUGAAACCCCUAGAGCCUAUUCUACAAGAUGGGAUACUUCGAGUCGGAGGCCGACUGAGGAAGGCAACCCUGUCUGAUGCUUACAAGAACCCAAUAAUCUUACCCAGAAAUGGUCAUAUCACGCACUUGAUUCUUUCACAUGCUCACAAGGAAACCUUUCAUCAAGGAAGAGGAAUUACCCUGAACAAGCUCCGGUCUCUUGGUUAUUGGAUUGUAGGAGGAAGUAAGACAGUAGCCAGCUACAUACGUCAGUGCGUUAUAUGCAGGAAGUUGAGACGACCGACAGAGACACAGAGAAUGGCAGACUUGCCCAAGGAGCGUAUGGAACCAUCUCCGCCUUUCACAUACUGCGGUAUGGACUGUUUCGGCCCAUUUAUUGUGAAACAGGGACGGAAGGAAAUAAAACGAUAUGGGUUACUAUUUACCUGCAUGUGCUCUCGUGCUAUCCACAUUGAGAUGUUAGAUGACAUGUCUACAGACGCCUUUAUCAAUGGUUUGCGCUGUUUUAUCGCCAUUAGAGGAACCGUGCGACAGUUGCGCUCAGACCAAGGAACCAACUUCAUUGGAGCUAAGAAUGAGUUCCAGAAAGCACUUAACAAGGAAAGAAUAUGUUCAUUCUUGGCAGAGAAACACUGUGAAUUUGUGUUUAACGCGCCCAGUGCUAGUCAUACAGGAGGUGUGUGGGAACGUCAAAUAAGAACCGUCCGUAACAUACUCAACGCCAUACUAUUACUUUGUCCUGGAAGGCUAGAUGAUUCCUCGCUGAGAACCGUAUUCUAUGAAGCGAUGUCUAUUGUAAACGGUCGCCCACUAACGGUUAGUGAGAUAGACAACCCAGACUCACUGGAGCCGCUUACUCCGAACCACAUCUUAACUGGGAAGACCACUUCUCCCCUUCCCCCUCCUGGAGAGUUCGUGAAGGAAGACAUAUAUGCCCGUAAACGUUGGAGACGUGUACAGUACCUUAUGGAACAAUUUUGGUCCCGUUGGAGACAUGAGUACUUGGCUCAGAUCACCUUACGACAGAAGUGGCAUGGAGUUCGUCGGAACAUCAAGGAAGGUGACAUUGUUCUGGUGAAGGACGUUGACCUGCCACGCAACCAAUGGCCUCUCGGUAGAGUUGUCGAAGCCAACCCAGAUGAUGAUGGUCUCGUACGGAGAGUCAAGGGGUCAGCCAGUCGACCUGUCUACCCGUCGACCUGUCAACCCGUCCACCUGUCUUCCGGUCCACCUUUCAGGCCGUCUACCUGUCAACCCGCCGACCCGUCUACCAGUCGACCUGUCCAGCCGUCGACCUGUCUACCCGUCGACCUGUCAACCAGUCGACCUCUCAACCCGUCGACCUGUCUACCCGUCAACCAGUCAACCCGUCGACCUGUCUACCAGUCGACUUGUCAACCCGUCGACCUGUCAACUAGUCGACCCUAUUUUAUUCCAGGAGACAGCUUGAGAAGCAAUGAUCCGUCUGGGAUGUACUUCAGUACCCCAGACAGAGACAAUGACAGGUGGAGUGAUAAUAACUGUGCUGCUGACUACAGAGGUGACUGGUGGUUUAUCCGCUGUAACAGAGCCUUCCUUAACGCUCCGUGGGCCCCUACAGUACGUGGAAUACCAUUAAAGAGGACGUUAAUGAUGGUCAAACGUAACUAA